AAUUGUGGAGUCCUUUCUCAAAAGCUCCCUCAAAUGUCCCUCGCUUCAUUAAAUCAACCUAAUCCUUAAUUCCUCCUUUUGCGAGGCGCAGAAGACGAUCGCAAACACCAUACAAGUGGAGCUUCAAUUAGGAUGGACGCAUCAGUUGGAAAGAAGAUUCGAGCUCUCAUCGUCGGAGCCACCGGCUUCAUCGGUCAGUUCCUUGCCGAUGCCAGCUUGGACAUGGGCCGCCCCACCUACGUUCUCGUUAGGCCAGGCCAGGCAAGCCCGACCAAGGCCAAGUCUCUCAAGGCUCUCCGGGAAAAAGGAGCCAUACUUAUCAACGGGACGAUUAAUGACAAGGAACUAAUGGAGAAAAUACUGAGAGAGCACGAAAUAGAUGUAGUCGUAUCAGCUGUGGGAGGAGGAAACAUAUUGGAUCAGCUCAUAUUGGUCGAAGCCAUUAAAGCCGUAGGUUGUAUCAAGAGAUUCUUGCCAUCGGAGUUCGGGCAUGAUGUGGACAGGGCGGAGCCGGUGGAGCCAGGCCUGUCCAUGUACAAGGAGAAACGUAGGAUCAGACGGGCGGUGGAAGCUUGUGAAAUGCCAUAUACAUACAUAUGUUGCAACUCAGUUGCAUCUUGGCCCUACUACGACAACACUCAUCCUUCAGAGGUCCUUCCGCCGCUCGAUCAGUUCCAAAUCUAUGGCGAUGGGAGCAUUAAAGCUUACUUUGUCGCUGGAACCGAUAUCGGGAAAUUCACUAUGAAAGCGAUCGACGACGAGCGCACUCUCAACAAGACAGUGCAUUUCCGACCGCAGAGUAACCAUUACAACAUGAAUGAGCUUGCAGCGCUGUGGGAGGAAAAGAUCGGCCGGACACUCCCGAGAGUCACCAUAACUGAAAAUGAACUAUUAGCCUUGGCUGCUGAAAACCGCAUACCAGAAAGUAAUGUUGCUGCAAUCACACACGAUAUAUUCAUCAAAGGGUGUCAGAACAACUUUUCGAUCGAUGGCCCUCGAGAUGUUGAAGUGAGCAGUCUCUAUGCAGAAGAAUCUUUCCGGACGUUGGACGAGUGCUUCGGGGAGUUCGUGACUAGGAUCGACAAGCGCAAAGAAAUUACCUACUAGCUUUAGCCUGGAACUGGCCGGGGUAUUCACUGGAACCUUAAUUUGCAUGUACUUGAACUUGUGUGCGUGAACGAUAGGUACAUUAAUAUCGGAAAAAUGAAUAAACAAGAAUCUUCAACAUUGAUCCUGAAA